AGAGAAGUAGUUUGUGGUCCCGUGAUACCGAGUUCAUAUUUCUUCUCAUGUCAUUUUCUUCGAGAAUGAGUUCUUCCCCACGACUAACCUACCUGAGAGUUGCUGAUGCUUAUCUACUCAACCGGACUUGGUCUUGGGGCGGCAAUGAACAGUGUCGUUGGUAUAUUGCCAACCUCCUCUCCUGCUUCCCAGUGUGCGUCCAUGAUGACAAGGGGAACCCCGUGUCUUGGUCUGUCACAGACCAGUUUGCCACCAUGUGCCAUGGCUACACCCUGCCAGAGCUUCGCAGGAAAGGUUACAGCUGGCUGGUGGCCCACGCUGGAUUCCCCUCUCAGGGCAAUGUCCUGGAUGACAACGUGUUCUCCAUUAGCCUCCUAAACAGCAUCCAAGCCGAGUUCUUGCCUUGUCGAUUCUAUAGGCUUGUUCUCACCCCUGCAGCUUUCUCUGGGCAAGUUCACCCCUAGCCCAUUAGAACUCCAGGAAUUUUCUUCCUUUUUCUGAACAUAACACAUGCUCCUUAGCUGUCAAUGAGGGGAAAAAUUAAAACUAGA